UUUUAGAAUCUCAAUUUUGUAUUUUGUAUAGUCUUUGUGCGAAGACAAUGUCAUAAUUUUCUUUUUAAUAUUUUUAAUUUUUUUGGUUUGCCUGUUAAAUAAAUAAUUUAUGUCUUUUUUUAAGGUUCUUGGUAAUAAAGGUUUAUGCGCUGUAGUAUUUCCAAGUACACAUAUUUUUAAAGGUGAGCGUGUAGCACACGCUCAUUCAUCAUAGUUUUAAGCCUAUACGUGUAAUAAUUGUGGGAGUUAGCCAUGCUGGAAAGGGUUUGCUAUUUUGGAAAUGGCUUACGAGGCGAAUGUUGGACUAUGGGCUACUACUGCUUUUCUUAAACCGGUUAGCUACUUUAUGUUUCAGGUGCAGUCUCUCGUUCCAUCACUUCGAUGGAUGCCAAAGACAGACUUGUGUGGAUUGAUAUGGAGAUGACGGGGCUGGAGGUGCAGACGUGCCACAUACUGGAGGUGGCGUGCGUGGUCACGAGUCCCAACCUGGUCACCAUCGCAGAGUCCCCUCCGCUCAUCAUCCACCAGCCGGACCAAGUCCUCAACUCCAUGAACGAGUGGUGCAUUGAAAACCAUCGCAAAUCAGGCUUGACAGAAGCAUCGAGAAGAAGUACACUUUCUUUGCAAGAAGCGGAGCAUACUUUGCUGCAGUUUCUGAGAGCUCACACUCCACAAGGCAAGUGCCCCCUGGCGGGCAACUCGGUGCACUACGACCGCCAGUUCCUGCACCGCUACAUGCCCCAGGUGGACAGCCACCUGCACUACCGCAUCGUGGACGUGUCCACCGUCAAGGAGCUGUGCAGGCGAUGGCUUCCACAAGUGAUCUCACGUGCGCCCGUGAAGGCGCUGAACCACAGGGCUCUGGACGACAUCAGGGAGAGCAUUCAGGAGAUGCGCUACUACCGCUCGGCCGUGUUCAGCAGCGUCAAGUGACUGCAGUGUUCAGUCUACUAACCAGGCUUCCACUUGUAAAGACAGCGACCACGUGUUUGGCAUGCACAGCUUUACCCUGUUUUAUCGCAUAAUCGUUGCACCCAUAUUUUAGGGCGUCAAAAUUUUUAUUUAAAAAAAAAUCUAGCGUAAUCAUUGCAUGAUGUUUUUGGUUCCGCUAUUAAAUUCCGAGCGCUUUGUGUAGGUAUCUUUUCCUUAUAAAACAAUUAAUUUUUAAGUAGAAAUCUUAUAUUUAUUCGGACAUUAUCUCUUACUUUUUUAAUUAACGGAAAUAUACGAAGUUGUCUGACGUGUAAAUUUUCUUGUAAAGACUUUUUUAACGUUAUAAGGUUAUAACCUUUAUCUGUUGGUCUGCGUCGCCGCGGUGUACCGCUUAUAAAAAUGUAGCCAGCGCUAGUUGGCAUCAUUCAUGUUUGGUUAUGUUGCUUUCCGUAUAGAGCGCGAACACGUAGUCGAAUAUCGAUAUCUCGCUGAUUCGUGCAACGCGCUCUCUCUGUCGAGUGCCGAGUUAACUACAUUUGAUAGCCCGUACUCUUUCAUGGUAAGUGUGUACUACAACGAUAGUUACGUGUUAGUUCACGUCACAGAUUCAAGUGGCUUGCGUUUGGGUCACAGAUUUUGUUUUUCUAAUUAAAGUUGAAGAAAGGUUUUUGUUGCAUGAAUUAUUAAUAUGAAUUGUUUGGCGUGCUCUUGCAUACUCCACCUUUUUUUAAAUAAACUUACUUUCUAUGAA